GCGUGCUAGGAGACUGGAUGACUACUCGAGUAGCCCUCGCUAUGAGCCUGACGGGGGUAGAGGCGACUCUCGAGGCCGGUGGGAGUCGGAUCAGGGCCGGCGAGACGGAGGGAUGGUAGAUAUGCGAGAUCGGACCGAGAUGGACAUAGGGACGACAGAUAUGAGAGGACAGAUCGAGAUGGAUACAGAGGUGGCGGAUAUGAGAGAGGAGAUCGACCCGAUGAUUCACGCGGGCGAUACGACCAAGGAGACCGACGAGAUGAUUCACGUGGGCGGUACGACCGAGGGGACCGACGUGAUGAUUCACGUGGGCGAUACGACCGAGGAGACCGACAUGAUGAUUCACGCGGGCGAUACCAACACGGAGACCGCCGCAAUGAUUCGGGGGGCAAGAAUGAGAGAGGGGGAUACGGCACGUCCUCUGAUCCGUAUCCGAAGUCCCCUGACUUCAGAGCAGCGAGAGGUUCGACCUCCAGAGGCACGAACGACAGGCCACCCACCCCCAGGAACUCUUGCGUCUACUGACGGACAACGGAUCGAUGGAGAGGAGGUUAUCCUUUCGCCGCGGAAGCGGGGAGUGAAGAAGUUCUUGAUGAAGAGUUCGUUGGACGAGAUUGACACGGUCGAGCCACUGAGGCGGGCCCUUCGGCAGCCCAUGCAGUGCUCUAUUCUGGAGUACCUGGCGGCAUCGAAGCCGGCUCACGAUGAGUUACAGAUGAUCACGCGGAAGACUUGCAUACCUCUAUCAGAGGAGGCUCAGGGGGGUCCUAAGACGGAAGCUCCUACAGUGGCAGUAACGGGAGUGACUUCCAGAGCAGAUCGCAUGGCGACAGUCCUUCUUGAUGGGAUGGAAGGUGUGCCUCCAGACAAGUUUUACAUACUUGGUAGUGGGGCCGUAAAGGCGAUCAUAAAUGACGGAGCGGUACUAGAUGCUGUGAUCGAUAACGGCAGUGAGGUUGUCAUUAUAGACGAGGAUCUGGCAGUGCAGGUUGGACUGGGCCUCGAUAGGUCAUACCUAUUCGAGAUAGAGACGGCUGAUGGGAGAAAGCAACAGAUCACUGGGGUUUGUCACAAGGCAGCCUUAGAGGUCCAAGGGGUGCGAGUAACCCUGCCUGUCUUUGCAGUCAAGAACUGCAGCUCCGAUCUGCUCUUGGGACAAACGUGGUUGAGCCACGUGCAUGCGGUGACGUUAGAGCGACCGGAUGGGAGCCAGACAUUGUCCAUUAAGAAGCUAGAUGGGACGCGGGUUAUGAUUGAGACAGUGGAGCCUCGGGACCCGAGGAACAGAGCAGAUCUCGCUGUGGGUGCAAGACUAAGUGAUCAGAUUAAGUCAUUACCUAUCUCCGGCCGCGCGGUGCGAUUUUGCGAGAAGAAGUAUGGACCACUGCUCACAGAGAAAGAAGGUCGGAUCGAGCGAGAACGUGUGAUAGAGGUCCUAAAGACGUGCGAUAAGGCUAUAGCCUUCAGCGACGCGGAGUGUGGUAAGGUUGAACCUCGAUACGCAAAGCCAGCAAGGAUUUAUAUGAUUCCACAUAUUCCUUGGAAUGACGCAGGAUGGAAAUACGCCCAGAAGGAGAAGGAAGAAGUUAUCGCUUUCCUGAAAGAAAAAAUGGUUUCCCAUGUUGCGGAGCCGUAUGAUAGCGCCUAUGCUAAUCGAUGGUUCUUCCUACGAAAACCGAAUGGCAAGAUCCAAUGGAUCCAGGACCUUCAGAAGGUCAACGCGGUGACGAUACGAGACGUGGGCUCAGUGCCACACACCGACUUACUGGCCGAAGGUGCCGCAGACAGGUCGAUUUAUUCGGUCUAUGAUCUGUUCUCAGGCUAUGAUGAGGUAUCGCUUGAUCCUAGUGACAGGCACCUCACGGCUAUGCACAUGCCAUUGGGACUGAUACAGAUGAUGGUUGUCCCUAUGGGUUGGACUAAUAGGGUAGCUGUUUUCCAGAGAUCCAUGGUAGCUGUCCUCAAGGACUUCAUCCCUGAUAAGGUUGAAGUUUUUCUGAAUGACUUUCCUAUAAAAGGGUCAGUAAACAAGGAUGAGACAGAGGUUGCACCAGGAAUUAGAAGAUUCGUCGACCAACACCUAACAGAUAUUUGCGUGGUACUCGAGCAGCUGGACGAUGCGAAUUUAACGACAAAGAGCAGAUGGGUCGUCUCGACUAUUAAGAUCUUGGGCUUUAUUGUGACUCGAGGGGACGCCGAGCAGAUCCGGCGAAGCUAGACAAACUUCAGAACUGACCGUCACCGUUACAUAGUCCAACCGAGGUCCGACAGUUUCUGGGAGUUGUCGGUUACUGGCAUAUAUUCAUACGAGGGUAUGCGGAGAAGGUUGAGCCAUUGAGGUUACUCCUUCGAAAGACUGAAAAAUUCUAUUGGGAUUCCUCGCAGGAACUCGCUAUGCAAGAGCUUAAAGA